CGCGGAGAAAAUCCAGCGCAAAAAUGGGAGCGUCAUCUUCGUCGGAGCAGUCGGUACCGAUCGAGCAACGAGAAGCCGAAUCCCUAGCCGCCUCCACCGGAGCUCUCUCCACGCUCCAGAAGUGUUUCUCUAACCUCGCCGAUCCUCAGUCCGGCGCUAUCCCCACCGACGCUCUUCAGCAAUGCUUUCGUUUAAGUUACGAGAAUCCGGUGACCGGAGCUUUUGAAAUUCCGGAUUCUUUUCCGGCGGUGCUGGAUCAGCUUGGAUCGUGCGUAGUGGACUUGUUUUUCGUAUCGGAGAAAGGUGGAGUGAGUUGGAUUGAGCUUGUUAGAGGCUAUAAUAGGUGUUGUGCUAGAAAGCCUUUGUCUAUGUGUGUUACUAGUUUGCUUAGAGUUUUUACUGUGACGCUUAAGAAAGCUGGAUUGAAUUGUAAUUUGGAAUUUGAGACUGGUGAUAAUGAUUGUAAGAUUAGCGGGUGGCUUAUGCCUAUGGAUGUGGCUAUGCUUCUUUGGAUGUGUUGGGGGAUGUCUUGGUGUUGUAGGAGUAGAGAGUUUUCGAAAGAGAAGGGGAGUCUGUGUCUGCCGGAUGUUAAGCAUAUUGUGUUAUCGGCUGUUGAGUCGUGCGGUGAAGGUGAUAGCGGAUUGAAUGUGUGGGAGUGUGAGGUUUCGGGUUUAGAGGUGCAACUUCCUGUGGGGAAGUUUGUUAGUUGGGUUAUGAAGACAGUGUCUAGUCUCCCUGGUUGUUUUACAGAGUUUGUGUAUGCUGUGCUCAAACAUUCUGCUUCUGAAGAGGCUAGACUGGAAUGUUCGACUUCAUCAGCUGCAGAUAGUUCGUCAACUGGGGCAUGCAGUUCUGAUCUUUUGUCCCCUGGAAUAGCAUGGGCUAUUUCACUCACACUAAUGGGCCCGCUAAGUGAAGAAAUAUCAAGGGCAUGCUUCCCUACUGAUGCAAAUGCAAUAAACAAUGAUCUACUUUACAGGUCGCAUCUUCAUGGGAGAGGGUUGAACAGGUUCUGGUCUAAUGUUCAAGGUUACCAAGGUCCACUGCUUGUUCUGAUUUCUGCAACCUCAGAAGAUGGUAGUGCCAACAAAAGAAAUUGGAUUAUAGGUGCUCUCACACAUCAAGGAUUUGAGAAUAGGGAUCUCUUCUAUGGAAGUUCAGGAAGUCUAUAUGCUCUAAGUCCAGUCUUUCAUAUGUAUCCACCCACUGGAAAGGAAAGGAACUAUGUGUAUAGCCAUCUCCAUCCCACUGGCAAGGUGUACGAGGCGAAACCGAAGCCUGUUGGUAUAGGAUUUGGUGGAAGUAUCGGAAAUGAGAGAAUUUAUGUGGAUGAAGAUUUUUCUAAGGUCACCAUUCGCCAUCAUGCAACUGACAAAACUUAUCAGUCUGGCUCCCUCUUUCCUGAUCAGGGCUUCCUACCUGUCGAAGCUUUGAUCACAGAAGUUGAAAUUUGGGGACUUGGUGGGAGAGGCGCAAAGGAGGUGCAAGAUUCAUAUAAGAAUAGGGAACAACUUUUCACUGAGCAAAGGCGAAAGGUUGACUUGAAAACAUUUGCAAACUGGGAGGAUUCACCUGAAAAGAUGUUGAUGGACAUGAUCUCCAACCCCAAUGUAAUUCGCCGGGAAGACCGCUAAAUGGCACCGUGUCUGUGAUCUGUAUUUUACUUUUUGGCUGGUCAAAAUGUAACUUGUAUUUACAACAAAGAGAUCGAUCUUGUUGGGCAAAUGAGGAUAGCGUUGUAUAAUGUAUAUCAAUGGAUAAUGUGUGUAAAGAAACUCAAUGGCGUGUCUAUAAACAGUUGCAUGUUGCAAUUACAGCUUAUAUGCUUUUACAUAACUCAUUGUAUUUGACCAAUCAAGGUGAUCUCAUCCUCUGAAAUAACACGACGGCACAAAUC